GUUUUUAAAUAUGUACCUCUCCAAACAUUUUUAGUAAUAAGCAUCCAUGCAAGCACCUCUAUACAUAUAACAGGUGAUCAUUCGGAAGCAUUAAUCAUUUGGAACUAAACUUUAGGGGGCUUGUUUGAGUUUGCAUGAAUUGUAUUUGUGCUGUACAGAUAUGUAGUCAAAUUCUGGAUAUUGCUGUGUUGCUGUAUGGUCUUUGACAUAACUAAUUGAGAGAGAGAGAGAGACUGUUUUCUAAAGACAGAGGACUUUGCCGAACUAGUGAUGGAAUCAAGCACAAUUACCUGAUGUUGUGUUUUCUCAACACGCAUAGCAAACGGGCUGUGUGAAAUGGUUGUUGUAAAUGUGUUUUUUUUCUUUCAUUUGUAAGAUGUUAUUCAUCACUGUGGUUUGUCCCCUUGUUUUGUCUUUUUUAGGAUAUUCUAAUGUGAAAAAGAUCCUGAAUGAGAUCUUAAGAACAGUUAAUAUUAUAGUAAUGUAUUUUUUAUUUGUUUUUGUUUUUUUCAUCGUUGUUGUUGACUAAUUAAAGUUCUAUAUAUUUUAUAACAAAUACAGGUUGGCCUUUCUGCAUAAAUGUUACUGGGUGAACCUAUACUUCCCUUCUUUUGCAGUCUCUGCGUAAAGAUUGAAAGAGGUUAUGGUGAAUAUUGUUCACUUUACACCAAAAGUAUACCAAGGAAGUUGGUCUUCAAAUGUUGAUUUGCCAAAGAACCACCAUUUUUUUUCCCCAAAGAACCAUUCAGUGAAGAGUUCUUAAACAAACCAUUUUUUUUCUUCUGUGAAGAAUAUCUAAAGAACCUUUUUCCACCUUAAAGAACCAUUUGUGCAGUGGAACGUUUUUAUGGAUGUUAACGUUUCUUUAUGGAACCAUCGAUGCCAAGAAAGAAAUUUUAUUGCAUGUGGCAUAAGAAAAGCUUUAUUAAUACUAGUUUUUAUUAUGAUUUAUUAUUAUCAUGUAUUAAACAGCUUGGAACAAAAUCUCAAAAUCUUGAAAUUAAUUGCUACUGAUCAAAAGUACAAUGAAGAAAGUGUCUCUCUCAAAUGCAACGCCUGUGGAUUAAAAUGUAUCAAUCAGAUUGGGGUCAAUAAGAUCUGACUAAAGCUCUUUAAACGCUGCGCUGCACACUGUGUCCACAACAUGGAAAAUGUCAACUGAUCCUGAUGACUACAGUGGGAAAGUGAGAUUAGAAUUACUCAUAGAGAUUUCAAUGUUCAACAUCAAAAGCACCUUCACAUUCAGACCAAGUUCUAUUGAAAUAUAGCAUAAACUGUAGGCCAGUGAGAUGUAAUUUUCUUUCAUGAGGUCAAGCACAUUUUACACAGAAUAUAGACACAGGAAAACUUAUCAAGCUUAAAGUCAACAUAUCCAAUCAUUUAUGAGACCUGUUAACUUUCAGCUUCUAACUUAAAUAUCAUAUCAACAAACAAGUAACGUUUGUAACGUCACAUUAUUCCACUUACAUGGCACUUCUAAUGUGCUCAUGAAGACGAUGGCCAGAUUAUCAGCUUUUGCUGAGCACAGCACCUUCUCAUCCAAUCUGAGGUUCGAUGACCUCUCAACGGCUUUUGUCCUUGUUCUUCAUUGGCCCCACCAACCCAGGUGGUCAGAGACAUCUCCAAAAACCCUCUAAGACUCCAAACAAUUCAUCAGGUCACCAGUCGAGGUGUGAGCUGUGAGCACCUGGAAGCCUCUGGGCAAGCGAUUGGUCAUCCAAAAGGACUUCUUUUCCCUAAUCAAAAGUCAGUAUGGGGGCCGGGGCGAGUGCAGAGGAGAAACACUCCAGGGAGCUAGAGAAGAAACUGAAAGAGGACGCUGACAAAGAUGCCAGGACCGUCAAACUUCUGCUGCUAGGUGCUGGUGAGUCGGGGAAAAGCACUAUUGUCAAACAGAUGAAAAUUAUUCACAAAGAUGGUUACUCCCUUGAAGAGUGCUUGGAGUUUAUUGUCAUCAUCUACAGCAACACCAUGCAGUCGAUGCUGGCCAUUGUGAGAGCCAUGACCACGCUCAACAUUUCCUAUGGAGAUGCUGCUGCACAGGAUGAUGCAAGGAAGCUGAUGCACUUAGCAGACACCAUCGAGGAAGGCACCAUGCCAAAGGAGCUGUCUGACAUCAUCCUGAGGUUGUGGAAGGACUCGGGCAUCCAGGCGUGCUUUGAAAGAGCCUCCGAAUACCAGCUCAACGACUCUGCGGGAUAGUAUGGCCUCAUAAUUAGCCUUUUAAAGCAUUUUUUAAUAUCCAUAAUCAAAUCAGUAAUCAAAUUGUCUUGACAAACACUGCAUUGAUUCUUACUCUAUCUCCAAUAUCUGAAUGACCUGGAGAGGUUGGUCAAGCCUGGCUAUGUCCCUACUGAACAGGACGUCCUGCGAUCAAGAGUGAAGACCACUGGUAUUAUCGAGACCCAGUUCUCCUUCAAGGACCUCAACUUUAGGAUGUUUGAUGUGGGCGGUCAGCGCUCGGAGAGGAAGAAGUGGAUCCAUUGCUUUGAAGGUGUGACCUGUAUCAUCUUCAUCGCUGCUCUGAGCGCAUACGACAUGGUGCUGGUGGAGGAUGAUGAAGUGAACCGAAUGCAUGAGAGUCUCCACCUGUUCAACAGUAUCUGUAACCACCGUUACUUCGCCACCACAUCCAUUGUACUCUUCCUCAACAAGAAGGACGUCUUCGUGGAAAAGAUCAAGAAAGCUCAUCUGAGCAUGUGCUUCCCGGAUUAUGACGGUCCCAACACCUUUGAGGAUGCUGGUAACUACAUCAAGGUGCAGUUCUUAGAUCUGAACUUGCGCCGAGACAUCAAAGAAAUCUACUCCCACAUGACCUGUGCCACAGACACAGAGAACGUCAAGUUUGUGUUCGAUGCCGUAACAGACAUUAUCAUCAAAGAAAAUCUCAAAGACUGCGGUCUCUUCUAAACAAGCCAUCUGUGGGAUGAGGUGAUUAUAACAUAAAGUCAGUAAUAGUGUUGCUGUAGUAGAUUAAAUAUGACUAUAAUUUCCAUAUGUGCAUAAUUAAAAAGUCUUUCUUCUUUUACAGAGCAGCUUAAUCAAUAAAACCCAAUACUGACCCAUUGCCCCUUGUUCCUCCCUGGGAAAUGAGGAGUUCUCCAGUGCGCACACUGAAUUGAUCAAAUCUUGAAGAAGAAAUUGUAUUGUUGCUGUUGGGAUCUACAUCUGAUUAAACACACUGCACAUAAUUAAACAUUAGAGUCUGAUACAUAUUCAUAGCAGCAAGUCAUAUAUAACAACACAUAUAUGAAGGGUGUUUGGCUCUAUUAGUUUUUGCAGCGAUCGAUCCUGUAGAUUUGCGACUACACUUCACGCAGCUGUACACUAAAUAACUAUCCUUCUGAAACACCUGCAUAUAUGCUCUUCAGCAUCUUCUUGCAAGAGUACAUUAUGAAGUAUUACAGUUAUACGUUAUAGCAGUUACUGUAUCAAGUUCAUACUUUUAAGCUUCGACUUUAACAGGAAACAAAGUUCUGUUUUAUUUACAGAGGAGUUAUAUCAUGUCUCAUGAUCAGAAUCUUUAUGUAAGAUGGAUAACUUUGAUGAAAAGAUAGCAUGUAAUAGGUUGUUUAGCUCAGGAGCAGCUAGCUGAGUGAAUUGUAUAAAUGAAAAAAUCAAAUAUUGAUAAAAAGGGCACAACUGACUGCAAAACCAUUUACAGCCAUGCAAAUGUAAACUGAAUGAAUAAAGCUUUUGUAGAACCUGA